AUGCCCGAGGUUAUUGACCUUACAACGGAGACCGAACCAUUUCAAAGUCCCCAUACGCUGCCCCACACCCAGGUCGAAUUCAAGAGCCAUGGAAAGGGGCCAUUUGAUGCCAUCUACCUAGAGAGCUCUGAACCUUCAGCAGAGGUGCCAGGCGCUUCGUCACAGUCAACGCUACUAUAUCCUUCACUGCCUGAUCCCGAGUCUGCCUCGACAGAUACUCUGACCGACAACAACAUAGUAGGUGCCUUGGAUGAAACUAUUAUUGAGACAGGGGUGCGAGAGAUGGGGCAGGUUCGAAGGUCCUGUCGACCGAGGCGACGGCCAGAUUACUUUACUCCUGAGUAG